AUGGAUGCAGACAACAAAGUGAAAGAUUCAACUACUGUAGAUAUCUCUGUCGCUUCAUCUCCUAGCAAUCUUGAUGAGGUUCCCAAGCUAUUGAGUGAAAUCGGAGAAUAUAUUCAACGCUUUGGUAUUGAUACGGAUGAAAUCCGCAAAGAUGCAAUAUUCAAAUGUCGACAGCUAUUCCUAGCUCUAUCGACCCCUCGAGAGAUUAUGGCUGACCACUGCUGGGGACAGAUCGGAGCUAUGAUGGCAGUAGGAUUUGGCUUGGACUCAGGAUUGUGGGACUUGAUGGCCCAGAAUGGAGAUAAACCGCAGAGGGCCCCAGACCUGGCGUCGAGCCUAGGAAUCGAACCGAAACUUCUCAGUCGUCUCCUGCGCCACCUCAGCGCCAUGGGUCUCCUCAACGAGGUCGGUGAGGACGAGUACCAGCCCACUAAUUAUACCAAAGCCCUUAGUCUCCCUCAGAUUGGAAAUGGAUAUCUCGGCCUCACUGCAUGUACCAGUGCGGGCUGUCUAAAAUACCAUGAAUUCUCUCGCAAGCGUGGAUGGAUAAACCCAACUAACCCUGAGGAUACUUCGCUCAUGGAUGCGUAUGGUACUGACAAGGACCUGUUCAGCCGGGUAAAUGAGUUAGGUUAUGGGAAACACCUGAAUGAUUAUCUAGGUGGUUACAAUCUCGGUCGCCGAUGGUGGAUUCAUCCUGAUAUCUAUCCUGUGAAGGAGAGGCUCAUUAAUGGCGCUGAUCCAAGCCCGGAUGCAUCUUUUCUCGUGGACAUCGGUGGUAACGUAGGCCACGAUCUGGAAAGAUUCCGCGCUGCAUUUCCAGAUGCGCCCGGGAAGCUCAUCCUCCAAGACUUGCCCAUGAUGAUUGGUCAAGUCAAGAAUUUAGAUUCAUCUAUUGUGCGUAUGGAGUAUGAUUUUCGGGAUGAGCAACCUGUUAAAGGCUCUCGGGCCUACUACAUACACUCGACUUUACAUAAUUGGAGUGACGAUGUAUGUGAAUCACUACUUAAGCGUGUCAAGGAGGCUAUGAAACCUGGGUACAGCCGACUACUCAUAAAUGAGUUCGUUGUGCCGGAGAUGGGGGCCCAUUGGGAGAUUACUGGGCUUGAUAUGAUGAUGUUGGCACUAUUUUCUUCUGAACAGCGCACUCGGGUCGCGUGGUAUGACUUGAUUGAGAGACGAGCUGGUCUGAGGAUCGUACAGAUCUGGAGCGCUGGUGCUGGGGUGGAAAGCGUGAUUGAGUGCGAAGUAACCAAUUACGAGGGAGAAGCAUGA